AUGACGCCCAUCGCUGGAACCUCCGGCUCCCACCGCAGAGGCACCAUGGCCCCGCCCACCGCCAUCCCUUCCUCUAGCACGCGUCCUCGCGACAGCCCGUCCGCGAACGCGGUCCAAAGCCUGUACGCUUCCAUUCUUGCCCCGCCACCUGCGAAGCGCGCCAGAACCAUCCAUAAUCCCGAAGAUCCCCCCGUCCCCGCCCCGCCCAAGAUGACGAACGGUACCCUGCGCCCGCGCAGAGGCUCCGAGGCCUCCUCGUCCUCCAAGAAAUCCCACUCGCGCAAGGGCUCCAGCUCGCAGGCGUUUUCGAGCGUCGCAGAGCGCACGCGCGCGCAGUCGCGGCAUCGUCGCGAGGACAGCGACCAGCACCGUGACACGACGCGGCGGUCGAAGGGCAAGGGUCGCAAACGCGAGGCCGCGCUCGUCGACGCCGAGGACCCGCACGACAUCGACAUGAAGGCGGCCGCAACGCUGACCCACCUGCUCCGGCACUCGCGCUCGUCCAUCGUCGCGGGCGCGAACGCGGCCUCGCCGCGCUCGAGCAUCUCCGCCGGAUCCGACCUGGGCUCUGUGCACGCGCACGCACACUUUGCGCAGAGCUCGACGCGCACGACGACCGCGCCCGCGUUGAUGCUCCCCGCGGCCGGAUCCUCGUUCGGCACGCCGGGCGCCGGCGCCCGCCCGAAGACGCCGCCGCUCGGGCGGAGGAUCCCGGGGGGCGCCGAGGCGCGCACCACGCCCAAAAUGGGCAGCCAGGCCACGCCACUUUCGGCCGCGGGCUCGGCGUCGACCGCGGUCGACCAGGAGGCGGUGAGCCUCCUCACCUUCUUCCACGAGUCUCCGUCGCCCGCGCGCCCUACGACGGUCCGCAGCCGCGACGCACAGGACGCAGCGGCCUACCGCGCGCUGGGUGGUGCGGACCUCAAAGCCAAGGGCCGCGUGUUGUUCGGCGGCGGCGGCAGCAGCAGCGUGUACGACGCGGGGCUCGCCCACCGCCUGCUAGCGCGCGACAAUUCAGGGAGCUUCGCGUCGACGGCCACCUUAGUCUCCGACGCGUCCAGUCGCAGCCGCUUGGGCAGCACCGCGACCAUGAUCGACACGUCGUUCCAGCACAAGCCAAUGUCGGAGGGCGAGUACCCGUCGGAGCUCAAGACGACUAUUACGCCGCCGACCCCGAUCGAGCCUACCCUCCCUCAGCUGCACCCUAUGCCGCCGUCUCCCACUCCUAUGGCCAGACCUGCACACACGCGUGCCCGCCCGACGUCGCCGGCCGCAAAGCCAAAGACGCAGACGGUGCACCCGACCACGCCUGGAACGUACACGUUCAACCUGAACGAAUUCAUCAACGUCUCGCCGUCACCCGCGGCGACGACUCGCACGCCGGGCGCGCUGAAGCCGGGGCUCCGCGGGGACGGCGGGAGGAAGCUGUUUGAGGAGGAGCAGCAGCAACAACAGGGCGUGCCGAUGGGCGGCAUGCAGAUGCAGGGCGGUCCUGCGCCCGUGGAGGGCUCGCUGGGCGCAGGCAUUCAUCUCGCCCGGUAUUAG